AAGUACAUGAAGAAAUCCCAUGAACAUGGAGAAAACCUCCACAGGAAGACAGAUGAUCCAACGGUGGAUUUUCUUGUGAUAAUCUGCCACUCGUGACUCGGAGUGAACUCCAAGUGGAACUGUCUGGCGGACGUCUGUGUGGACCAGACCUGGUGGUUUGGGCCGAGGGACAUCUACCUGCUCAUGAUUGCAUGUCUUUGCAUCAUUACCUCACAUCUGUUGCUGCAUUGAGAGAGAGACGGAGAAGACGGACAAGAGCUGGAGGACAGAGGAAGAAACCAAACAUAAAAACCAAACCACAGGCUUUCCAAGACACUCCGAUAUUGCAAAUUAGCAACGGCCAACAAAGCACCUGAGACUUUCUCCUUCACCGGGAUGGUGUGUAACACCGCCACACACACACGCAGGGGCAGAUUCCACAGUUUCUCGUCCAACAUCUGUCCCAGGUCUCGCCCACGGAGACAUCAGGCGUCGUCAGACAGAUCUGGACUGCAGGCUGGCCAAGCUACUCUUUGUUCAUCCAUCCAUCCAUCCAUCCAUGACCACAUUAAGAGCCUGUCAAUAACCGACACGGUUUCAUCAGACAAACUACAAACACCACAGAAUUCUACAGAAAUUCUUCCAGUCUCUCUUUGUGACGUCAGAGCCCUUCACUGGCCUGCUUGCAUUCCUCAUUUAUUUCUGGUUAGGACUGAAGCUGAGUUAAACGACCCACCCUCAGCCCACCACAUCUGAACGUCAGGAAAGUGAAGAAUCAAAACUGUCCGUCGGUGUAAAGUGGACAGAAAGAGGAAACUGGGGCAGGAAACGCCCACUGAGUUCUCGACAGAGUUGACGAGGCGCCGACUGACGAGAAAAUCAGCAGACAGACAGACAGAGGCAGGUGAGUUGGGGAGUUUUUCUAAGAGGCAUCAUUUUUGUAGCCUGAAAUCAUGCCACUGUUCUGGGUUGUGCUUUGGUCGGGGCUCCUCUUUCUGGAUCUCCACUGUGAUGCAAAUCUCUGCCGCAUUCAUGAGAGCAGCGGCUCACUGAACACUUCUCCUGUCCUGGACUCCUUGGAGUGUCACAACAACUACGAGUCCUACGUCCACUGUAGAUGGAGAGAAGAUGGAGACGCUCCGCUGCAGCUCCGGUUCAAGACGGAGAAGGACAGCGAACCGUGCGCCCCCUACCGUGCACCGGACGAUCGUGGCUUCACACAGUGCAGAUACCAAACUGGUUCAUUUGCCAUCGGUAUCACACACACCGUCUUCUUCCUGAACGAGGAGAUGCAGAGUCUCUGCUCGUCCGUCACACACAGGCCCGUGUCUCUCUCUCAUCACCUGAAAGCACAUCCACCGGUGAAUGUGUCCAGUCAUGAUCCAGGUGACGGAGGCCGAUGUCUGACGUGGUCCAGUCCCUACUCCGCCUCCUCCACCCUGAGCAAGAAUCUCAGCUACCAGCUCAGCUACAGAUCUGUCAAACAAGACACCUGGACUACGGUGGAAGUCAGAAAUACUCAGGUAAAACUACCAAGACAACUGCUGCUUCCAGGCCACAGAUAUGAAGCCAGGGUGGGGGUGAAGGUCAGCGUGGGUCACUGGAGCGACUGGAGCCCCCUUGUGACCUGGAAGAAUAAAGAAGAUCCUGGGCAGUUACCCAGUCUACACUGCGUGCUGGUCACAGAGAGGGAGGUCAUUUGCAGCUGGGAGGUCACCAGAGAGCGGGCCACCUUCAUCACCUACCAGCUGGUCUGUCGACGCAACCAGACUGCACCACCCAAGAGCUGCUGCACGACUCCCACCGUCACUGCUGACCAAAGCACAUCAGUAAAGUACAGCUGCUCACUGUCUGCCCACGACCCUGCACAGCUGCUGCUGGAGCUUCUACCGACGCACAUGGCCAAGACCUUCAAGGCCCACCAACACAUUCGUCCACAGCCACCGCGGCAGAUAAAGGUGAGGGAGAAACGCAGCAGCAGCUGGAUCGUUGAAUGGACUGAACCCAGCACAGCCUCCAAAGUCAGACUCUUCUAUCAGGUCUGUUACUACGACUCCCUGCAGCAGGGAUGUUCCACCUUGGUGAACAUCUCAGACGGUUCCCUGUUCCUGAUCCUCCACGCAGAGUCUUUGACUCCGUCCCAGCUCUACAAGGUCAAGGUCAGAUCCUUGGUUGUCCCAGGGUCUGGCUCCAGGUACGAGGGACCUCCGUCUGAGUGGACUGAUGCCGUGGAGUGGACAUCUCACGCAGCCACCUGGUCCCCCAGCACACUGAUAUCUGUUCUCAUCUCUGUGCUCAUCAUCACAGCCUUUUUCACUCUCUUCACCUUUCCACUCUGCAAAAGGAGAAUCGUUCUGUGGGUGGACUCAGUUCCUUCUCCAGGCAAAAGCAAAAUCCUCUCUGAGAUCCAGGCCUCCUCCAGUCAUACACUGCAGAGGGAGAUCGUAGCUUUGACCAAAGGCCACGGCAGCAGAAACAGCAUUUGUCUCCCCUGCAGCUCCUCAGACUCCUCUCUCUGGACACCGACGUCCAUCGAGAAAACGUCCCCGGAGCCAGACGAUGGCUUUUGGAGCCAUGAAAACUCCCUCACCCCUCCUGAGAAGGGUUUUCAGUCCGACCUGUGGAUGUCCGACGCUCCUGAGUCAGUGGACAUCAAGUGUAAAGAGGAAGAAACUAAACCCCACUUGGAUCACUCCACGUGUCCUGUAAAUCGUGCCCCUAACACGGGGAUUUACGUGUUCCUGCCCAACCCCACCACCUCCAGGUCCACACAGGACGUGGUGUCAACCACCACACACACACACACACACCACACGGCUGAGCGGGAACAGAACUGUCCAGAGAAGACGGACGACAUCCAGCCUGACACCAGCCAACAGGCCACCGUCAGUGACCAGCCUCUGGACUACACCUCUGGACCUUUCACCUCUUGGCCUCAUGGUGGCAUCAUUCAGCCCUCAGGGUACUGUCACCUCCCACCACCUACAUAAAGGAGAACAACGAUUACUUUUGCAAGUGAAAUAAUACCAUAACACAGGACGACUUCAAAAAGUGGACAUUUUGAAGAAAACAACAUUCAGUGCUGUUAUUCCGACCCAGGGUCUGCCUGCAUGUCUGACCAGUAGAGGGCAGUGCCGAGCUGGGCCUACACGUAAUAUGCAGAGCAAUGGACUGAUGAAGGUGAACACACAGAAAUGAGAUAUCUUCCUCUGGCACAUACACACUGAGUCAGUGUGAUAUUUCCAGCAAAACAAAUCAUGACUUGUACUUUUUUGGGUUCAGACAGUUCAAUAAUUUGUAUUUUUUUUUUUUUGUGUGUAAUGCCACUUAAAUGAAGCCGAGUGAUGAGUCAAGAUGACUUUCAAAGGUUGCGUGUUUGCACCGAUGUGUGUGAAGUUCUUAAGCUUGAAUGGCGUUAUGCAGUAUUGUGUUGCAGUCAGAGCUCAGAAUAGUGGAGAACUGAGAGCUGCACAGGCGUUCGACAAGAAAAGACAAGUGGCUGAAUAUUAAAUACUCAGGUCUUGGCUUCAGGUUUUUUUUCCCCCCACUUCACAAAUAUUUUGAUGUCAGUAAUACUGUAGAUCAUGAAAGACUUAGAUGAGUCUACUGUAGUAUGGGCCAAAUGUCACAUCCAUGAUCUUAGCUCACAUUCCCGUCCCUGUCCCGUUCUGGCCUGUGGUGAAAUUCACUGGGAACAACACGCUGGGACGUGUACCAUUAAAUAAACCUUCUCCCCCUACCCUUACUCUUCUGCAGUAGGGUCAGUGGUCCGAGGUCUCAGCGCUCCCUGCGACUGAAGAUAAUGGCUAUUGUUUUCUAGGAAUAUUCUAAAACCGAGGUUUUAUUCCUUGCUGGUCCCAUAAUAAAAAUACAUUUACAGUAUGCUGUACUUUGGUGACAUCACUGAUGAGGAAACCCACUGUCAUAAUUAGUGCAGAUAAGUAUUAACUGAUCUGUUUGUCUUUUCGUUUCUGUCUUGUUUUGGUAACUGUGACAUCACGCUGUGAUUAAAACUACUGUUCUGCUUCUCAUCAUGUAUUUAAAUAGAUGUUUGUCUUGGAACGAG